AUCCCCCUCUUCUAUCCUUUUCUCUUACCUUUCACGGCUUUCUCAAGUCUUCUUGGUGCUGGGACACCUGAUCAUUCUUUUCAUCAACGCACUCGCACUACUUCUACCUCCUCUCCCGCAAGCCUACACGCAUCUAGACACCAUCUCUAAACAACUAUCAAACAACUAAAUUCACAAUGGUCGCUUUCCGUGUUUACUUCUUCUUUGGCCUCAAUGCCGUCCGCUUUCUCAGCAUCGUUUCUCUCAUCUUGGUCUUUGCCAGUAGCAUCUUUGUCAUGGUCAAAGACAUCGAAGCUGUCAACAACUUUGACGCUGCAAAACAGAAUGGGACUAUCACUAGUAAUGACCUGGUGAACUGUGAUUAUAUCGAAAACAGCACAGUACCCAACCAAAUCGGCGGUGUUUUCUGGGCCGUGAUCAACCGCCUCCUUAUUAUCUUCCAAGUCAUCAUACUCGUACUAUCCGAAGUCGGCUGGCCUGCUGUGUUCUUUGACCGCUUCUUCCCUGUUCUUGGUCCUUCAUUCGGACUUGGUGCCCUUGGUAUAUUCCAGUGCCUCAUCGGAGCCUCAGUUCUCUCCCAGCGAGUCGACGACUUCACUCUCGUAGCUGCCUUUUUCCUCUUCUCCCUCGGAUGUCUCAACAUGCUCCUCGGCCUUAUCUUCCGCGAGUCUGCCAAAGCUAGGCGCUCGAUCACCUCCUGGCGCAGUGAAGCCAAGAGCGUCUUGCCCACCACCACCAACCUCGACCGCGCAGCUUCUUCCAGCUCUUCACCAUCAUAUGUAUCCUCCAUCUACGCAGAGAAGCAGGCUGCUGGUCCCACCGAGUUUGGUGCGAUGAGGAAUGGUAGCGGAAAGGCAGGCUACGGGUUUGGCAGACAGGGAGAGAAAGCUGCAGGCUUGAAAGGUUUCCUGAUCUCGAAGCCUAUGGAGUCUCUCCCCCGAUAUGCACCUCGCCCCACUAGUGCUCCUUCCACCUCAUCACGCGCCCCGUCACCUGUCCCACAAUUCCAAUCAAGUGGCACAGCUCUCUAGAGGAGAAUGUGUACGACUGACACGACGUCUUGACGUCCGCUUAUCGACAUGUAGAUGUGUACACGCGGCUCAUCGCUGAACAUUAUUCAUCUUCACGCCCGCCAUGAUAUUAUCUCUGUUCUAAUAGCUGGUACCGCUGUAUUUUGAUACUCUUUUUGUAGCUAAUAGCUUUCAAUUUAUGACAUUGGGCUUUCUUGUCGUUUCACGUACUUCACACACUUUUUCUGUGUCGUCUAUGAUUGUACUUUACCACACUAAUUAGGAAGUACAAGCUGCGCUAUACAUUUCUAGCAUUGAC